CCAACACAGGCCAACAAAAACCGGAUUAAUAUUUCAUACACAUCAAUAAAUUUCAGCAUUUUACUCUAAAAUAAGCACAUUCUUUUUUGCAAAUAAAAUAAUAAUACGUGGUAUCAGAAUACAUUUAUUUCUGAAGUGGUAUGUUAUUUGAGAUAGAUUAAAUAAUUAUAUAAAUAAUUUAAUAAAUAAAUAAACAUAUAAUGGCUGAUUCAUCUUAUGAAAAAGGACUCAGUGAACUAUCCAAAAUGAAGGUGGCUGAUUUAAAGGUAGAGCUAAAACAACGUAAUCUACCAACAACUGGAAAUAAAAAUGAACUCGUUGAACGACUCCAACUUGCUAUCCAAGGAGACUCUGCACUUUCUUUGGAUGAAACAAAUGAUGAAAUAUUAGAUGAUGAUGCUGUCCUUGAAGAUGAAGAAAUUGAAGAGUUAUCAAGUAAGCCAGACUCACAGGAUAUUGGUGAAAAACGUAAAUUAUCAAUUGAUGAUACAGCUCCUGUUGCUGCUAAAAAAAUAAUACUCAACAGAAAUUCAGUUAUUGAAGAAUUUAAAGUUGAUGAAGUUAAGAAAAAUGAUGAAAAUUCAAAAGACGGUAGUGAAUCAUCUCAGCCAGAUAAAAAAGUAAUUAAAUUAUCUGAGCUAGGUGUCAAGGAACGUCUUGAAAUGAGAGCUAGAAAAUUUGGUGUUACAUUAAAUGAUACAGCUAAAAAAGAAGCAAGAUCUGCUAGAUUUAAUUUAAAUAACAAAACAAAUGAAAAAUCUGCAGCUUCUGUCAAAACACCAGUGCAUACGUCAUAUGAAGUUUUAAAAAAAAGAGCAGAAAGAUUUGGUACAAGUGCGUCAACAGUAAUGGAAAAGGUUGAAUUAGAUGAAAAAAUACAAAAACGAAAAGCAAGAUUUGGUGAAGUUAAGCCACUACCAGCUCAAAAACCUUUUCAAAGUAGAGUUAAAAUUGUCAAAUGAUACUCUAUUAUGUAUACCAAAGGUCCAGUAAUUUAAAUUACAGUCAAAAAACAAACAAAAAGAGGAUCAUUGUAGUGUAAAUUUUGCACAAUAAUGAAAAUUUAAAAAAAUAAAUAAAUAAACAUUUUUGGUCUAUUUAAAUAAAAUGGUCGUGCAUGGUUAUAUUGUAGAUUGUUAAUAAAACAAUUAACAACAAUAACAACUACAAUUAAUACGCAAAAAAUUAAUUUUUAUUAUUUACUAAAAUUAAUCAGGCUUUCAUAAAUAUGUAUAGAAACAAGAAUAGAUCCAUUUGACCAAAAUAUUAUUAUUAUUUUGUCUUCUUAUUGUGAAUUGAUAAUUAUAUUUCUUAAAAUAAAAAAAUGUAAUCUCUUAAGGUAAAAUUAAUUUGUUCAUUUAAAUUAGAUUAAAAAUAUUUUACGAAAUAAAAUUGGAAAAAAUUUAAAAUAAAUUUUUCAAAGUUAAAUUAAAAAAUUCAUCGUUAAAAUUUAAACACUUUUUUUCAGACAAUUAUUAACUUGAGAGAUUUAUAAAAAAACUAAAUUUUAAGACAUUUAUCACAUAUAUUUUGUCAUUUAAUUUAUAUUGUAUCGAUCAUUUUAGUUAAGCAGUUGCUUUUUUUUGAUAAUAAAUGAUAUAAUAUUUAAAAUAUACGAAAUAAUCAUUAUUUAAACAAUUUUUUCCAUAUAAAUAGAUAAAAUUUAAUACACAAUGUGAAUUAGAAGAGAAAAAAAAAAGAGAACAGUUAUUGUAAUACUAAAAUACAACGUUGACUGUUAAUAGCUCAAUUAUUAUUUUUUUUUUUUUUCGAGGAACAAUUAUACACUAAAGUGGCAGGUGACUACUUGCAUUUAUUUUUAUAAUCAUUGAAUAAGCACAAAAAAAUUUUCAUUUUAUGGAAUCAAUGUCAUAUAAAUUUUUCUUUCACUAUUUUUAAUUAUUAUAAAAGAAGAAACUAUUAUUCAACUUGAUUUUUUUUCCUCAAUUAUUUAAUAUUUUAAAUCAAUUUUCCAUUCAUAUCAUUUCAGAAAAUUGUACCAGACAUUUUAAGAAUUUUUUCUUUUCCUUAAACAUUAAGGAGUACCAGGAGUACAAUUUAUAUAACACAUUUUUCUAUGCUCCAAAGUUUUAUAUUCAUUCAACUUUAAUUAUUAAUAUUAUUUCUUUUAUAUUUUUUUUUUGUCUUUUUUUUUUGUUUUAUUUAUUUUUCUUCGCUAAAGCAUUUAAACACGCAUUAUAGAAUAGAAUAAACGAAGAAACGUCAAUCAGAGCCUGCUCCAUAGUGUAAUGUAAAACUUGAAAAUUUU